AUGAGGUGAAUUUUCAAAAAAACAAAAUCAACUUUUAAUAUAUAAGUUUCAGUUCAAAAAAAGAAUUAAAACUUAAAGCGGUUCCUGAUACUUUGAAGCAACGAGUUGUUGAAGUCAAAUUUGGAUUGCAUGAUUCCGAUGUUGGAAAAUCACCAGAUGAUGUUUUCAAAAUCGACGACGAUUUGAUGCUCUCGCAAUUAUCCAAAAAUAGUUUGCAUAAUGGUUUGAUAAUUGGUGAUAGAAUUUUGAAGAUCAAUGGAACUCCGGUGAAAAAUAAAAAUCAGACGGCAGGGAUUUUGAAAGGUGGUGAAUUUACAUUGGAAGUUGCCAGAAGAGAACAUAUUCAUGUUGUGCCACAAGAAAGAAUGAAAUUUUUAAUGAGACCCGGAUAUUCGUAUUUCAUUGUUGUUGCAGUUCGGGUGAGUAUUCACGGAACUUUGAGAAGGAAAAUGAGUAUUUCGGAACAAUUUUCGUUCAAUAUUCGAGGAAUUAUAUAAUUCCCCAAAUAUAUGGGAUAGCCAUUUUAAAUGUUCUUUGUAUCUAGAAACGCGCCGACCCUUUUGAGAAUCUUGGAUUCAUUUUUUUUCAAAAUCACAAAUCGGCAAAAUUUUCAGUUUUCAUAAACGAGUUGCAAAUUGCAUAACAUCAUCUCGCAAAAAAAACCCUAGCGAAUCACUUCAAAAUGAUGUCUUUUCAGCCACAAAACGUCUCGCCAACAGCUCCACUCGGUUUUACAAUUAAAGCCGUCAAAAAUCGUGCACUUCUAACUACGGUAAUCAUUUCCUUUCUUAUCAUAUACUUCUUUUCCUCAUUUUUUCAGAUUGAACCUGGCAGUUUGUCAAGUUUCUUUUUUGCGUUGGGAGAUUCGAUCUUGGAUUUUGAAGGUGCUCCAAUUCCAUUUAAUGACACGAAUUUCAUUCGAGAAGAAGUUGGAAAGUUUCAAAAGUAAGUUUUUUUCCAAUUUUUCAAAAAGAUAGAAAUCCGAAACAUAUUAUUAUAAUAUAUUGUAGGAACGGUAAAUUUACCGUGUUGGUCGAGCGCCCGGUGAAUGUGAAUACGUUGAAUGAAUUUCGCCGAUAUCUUUUGUCAAUAAUGCCAGUUGAAAGUGAUAUCGAAAUGGCAGCAGAUGCAAAAGCAAUCGGAUUAGAAGCCAGUAAUAUGCAUGCAAUGAUUUUCAAGAAAUUGAAACCUCCAAGUAUUUUAACAUCGGAAGUUCGCAAGAAAACGAAAGCGACUAAAGCUAGUGCUACUUGUGAUGCAGAUGAUAAAAAUAUAAAAAUAUCAACUGCUUCAACAGAAAUGAGAAUUAAUAGUGAUGUUGAAGAUGAAGAUGAUUUGAAAGAUGUUGUGAAGAAAAGUCAUGCCGCUUCUGCUAAUUCCGGAUUCUUUGAUGAUGAAUAA